AUGGCGUCAGUGGACAUUGGGGUUAAAUUUAAGGAAUCGAAGUCUGCUUGGGUUGACGACGAUGGACGCAAGGAGGAUAUGGGGUUUUCCGAACUGUGGAAGGAUUUUAGCCAAAAUACCGGAUUUCAUGCAUUCAACAAGUUGAAUCCAGGAGCACGUCGUAAUUUUAGAUUUUUCUGGUGGUCAUUUGCGGUAAUAGGCAUGGCGGCAUACCUAAUGUAUAAUGUUGUUGCCGAACUAAACAACUACUACAGCUAUCCAAAGAUGACGGGAUUCAGUGUUGAAAUGAAAGAUGAGAUGGAAUUCCCUGCAGUCACCAUAUGUAGUCAGUGUCCACUCAAACGGUCUGCUAUUGUCAGGGACCAAGACAUGGAUAACUACUUUUUGAGACGAAGUUACUCGCGGUUCAUGACUGGACAAAUCAACUGGAGUGACACAACGAGGUAUGGCGAUAUCUACACCACUAAACAUUCUGUCGAUUGGUGGAGAGAAAGGUAUGAUACAGUUGAUGCGCUGACCAAGUUGUGUAGGUUCGAAGGCGAAGAUAGGCUGUGUUCGGAAAUAUUUCAACCCGUGUUCACCGAGGUGGGGCUGUGCUACACGUUCAAUGGCAAUGUCAGCAACAAACGGAACGUGUCUCUAUCAGGAGCCGACAACAACUUGGUGGUCAUAUUUGUGGCUAAACAAGAGGAGUAUGUGUAUAACGAACAGAUGUCUGCUGGGUACAAGCAUUCGGUGUUUAUUAUUUUCUGA